AUGGGCAUGGCCAACAUGGGAUUGGUGAGCAAGGAGAAAGUGGACUGUUUUAACUUGCCUGUAUAUUUUCCAUCACUUGAAGAGUUGAAGGCAAUCAUGGAGAGAAACAGAGAGUUUAGGAUAGAGAAAAUGGAGGCAAUAAGCCACCCAAAGAUGAAGACUGAACCUAAACAGUGUAUUUCAGGCAUAAAGGCUGUGUUUGAGGGAAUUAUUGGGAAACAUUUUGGAAGUAAUGUCACUGAGGAACUGUUUGAGCAGUGCUCCAUCAAAGCUGCAGAGCCUUCAGUUCUUCUUCUGGACACAGAUAUGCCGACACUUCAUGUGCUGCUUGUAAUUCUCAAGCGCAAUGGCAAUGGCAAUGCCUAA